UGCUGGGAUCGAAUUAUUUCAGUGGAUUAAGAAUACAAGUGAGAUACAUAUUUUAUAUGGGGUCUGACUUCUCUAGCAACGGGAGAACUCCAAUCAACCCAGAUCCAGAUGGAAAAAUGUGGAGAUACUUUAUUCAAGUUAUACAUUCAGACAGAGGGUAAACUGUUAGAUAUUGAUAAGUAUCUCUAUCCUUCAACAAGAGACUUCUAUGUGCAAGGAAAUUCAUUGUCAGAAGAGUUUUGUUCAUUGAACUAAAUGUAGCUAAAUGCAGAAGAGACUCACUUCCAUGUCCAGAUGAUUUAGAUGAAAUUAUGAACAAGUUGAGAGUCAGGAUCCCAUUUAUAAACACUUACUUUGACGAUUACAAUGAUCCUGUCAAGACUUAUAUUUCUAAAAUUCUGAGUAUCAGUGUAUAAAAACCUAACUCUGACUAUUUU